AUUCUGUGAUAUGGCACGGCGCAGCUGGCUUUGGAUUCUGAUUCCGGCACCUAUUUCUGCAUAAGUUCAUUAGCAUGAGAGCAUCCCAGGAAUAGGCAGGCGAGCCUACUGUGUGCAGCACUUUGUACAUAACAUUCCCCUGCUGCAGGAAACUGAAAUGUAUUGAGGGAUGCCUGAGGACAGCACAGGCUUUUGCAGAAGAGUGCAGUAUACUGGUAGCUCCACAGAUCAUUUCUCAGCUGGAUCUCAGAACUGUACUUCUAGACCUCCAGGUAGAGCUUCAUACACCUGUUAGAGCCCUGAUCACGGCACAGGCUUCAUUACACAGCUCCAGACGUGCGAACAGCUGUCUUGGCCGUACUCAAUAUAUGCCUUUCCCUAUAGCUGCAUGCAAGUGCAUCCAGGACUUUUGUUGCUCCAGCCGGUGUUUGAGGUCUCUUGGACAAUGUCCCAGCUGAUUGCCCGGGAAUGAGUAGUACAAGAAGCUUGUUCCUUCUCUGUCGAUGUGACAGUUGGCGUACUUGUCCUCCCUGCGUGAUGUGAGGCCCCAGGGAUCCAGUGGACUUGGGAUGGCUGCAAAGGGCUUUGCCUGGACUGUGGUGCUGAUAUUCUGCAGCCCGGAGCUCUUGGGAAUGGUUUCCAUGGAGACGGGAUUGUCGUUGGAGGUGUCUGGCCGGGUGAAGCGUGGCUGGGUGUGGAACCAGUUCUUCGUGGUGGAGGAGUACACGGGGACAGAACCACUUUAUGUGGGGAAGAUACAUUCGGAUUCAGAUGAAGGUGAUGGCUCCAUCAAAUACACAAUUUCUGGAGAGGGUGCUGGAUCCAUCUUUAUCAUCAAUGAACUCACUGGAGACAUCCAUGCCACUGAGCGCUUGGAUCGGGAGCACAAGACCUUUUACACAUUGCGCGCCCAGGCCAGGGACAGACACACAGACAGACUGCUGGAACCAGAGUCUGAAUUCAUCAUUAAGGUGCAGGAUAUUAAUGACAGUGAACCCCGAUUCCUGCAGUCACCCUACAUUGGAAGUGUCCCUGAGUUGUCCCCUGUGGGUACGUCUGUGAUGGCUGUAUCAGCAUGGGAUGCGGAUGACCCAGCUUAUGGAAGCAGUGCAAGAGUUGUGUAUAGUGUCCUGGAAGGGGAGAAGCACUUCACUGUGGACAGCAAGACGGGUGUGAUCCGCACAGCAGUGUCAGACCUUGAUAGAGAGUCUCAGGACCGCUAUGAUGUUGUGAUCCAGGCCACAGAUAUGGCUGGUCAACUGGGAGGACUUUCCGGGUCAACAACAGUCACUAUAGUGAUCACAGAUGUGAAUGACAACCCGCCAAGAUUCCCCCAGAAGCUAUACCGGUUCAGCGUGCUGGAGACUGCUCCCCCGGGCUCGGUGAUUGGACGACUGAAAGCUGAAGAUGCUGAUGUGGGAGAGAACACAGACAUGUUUUAUCAGAUUCAACAACAAGAGAUGGCAGCAUUGUUCAGCGUUACAGCUGAUGCAGUCACCCAGGAGGCCAUCCUCAGCGUUCUUCAGCCUCUGGAUUUUGAGACGCAGAAAGAGCACUCUCUGGUCUUAGAAGCCCAGAACCGGUUUGUGGAUCCUCGCUUCUCAGAUCUGGGCACUUUUCGGGAUCAGGCAAUUGUGAAGGUGUCAGUGCUGGAUGUGGAUGAACCUCCUAAGUUUUACUCAUUAAAUGGGGUCAUCGAAGUUUCUGAGGAUGCGCACAUUGGAUCAGUGGUUGUGGUCAUUACAGCCAGCGAUCCAGAUAAAGCCAACAACUCAGUCAGGUAUAUCCUGGACAAAUCAUCAGAUGAUGGAAUUUUCGAAAUUGAUGAAGAGACUGGUGAAGUUAGGAUAACCAAACCCUUGGACCGUGAGACCUCUGGCUGGCACAAUUUGACUGUUCAGGCAAUUGAAGCAGAUGACCCUCAGAAGGUUUCAUCACUCGCCCUGCAAAUUCGCAUCCUGGAUGUAAACGACAAUCCUCCGGAGCUGGCUACACCUCAUGAGUCUUCUGUUUGUGAGGACGCUCUACCUGGGCAGCUCAUUCAGACUAUCAGUGUGGUGGAUCGAGAUGAGCCAAUGGGGGGGCAUCGAUUCUACUUCAGACUUGCACCUGACCCCAGUGCGGAGCAUCACUUUACUCUGCUCAAUGUCAAGGAUAACACAGCAUCAGUACAUACGCACCAGAUGCCAUUUGACAGGAGGGAGCAGGACAUGUAUAUCUUACCAAUUCUGGUUGUUGACGGAGGUACACCAGCGCUAAGCAGCACAGGAACCCUUACCAUACGAGUAUGCGGCUGUGACAGUACUGGCGCUGUGCGGUCAUGUAACACCACUGCCUAUGUGAUGGCUGGGAGUCUCAGUCCUGGAGCCCUUAUUGCCUUGCUGGUGUGUGUCCUGAUUCUUGUUGUGCUGAUUCUUCUUAUUCUGGCUCUAAAACGACACCACCAGGGUCAUCUUACAUCGGAUGAGGAUGAAGAUAUGAGGGAUAAUGUCAUCAAGUACAACGACGAGGGUGGUGGAGAACAAGAUACAGAGGCCUACGACAUGUCAGCCUUGCGGAGCUUGUACAACUACAGUGAAGGAAGUGAGGCUGGAGGGGACAGUUCACUUGCUUCCCAGCGCCACCCACUGCCUCAGUGGUUUCCAGGGGCUGAAAUGGACUUUUCACUCUUCAAAGACUACAUCAGUAGAAAAGUGAGGAUGGCAGAUCAGGACUCAUCAGUGCCUCCUUAUGACUCCUUUCAGACUUAUGCCUUUGAGGGCUCUGGCUCCAGUGCAGCCUCUCUCAGUUCCAUUAGCACCUGGUCUACAACUUCAGAGCAGGACUUUUCACAGUUGGGCUCUUGGGGCCCCAGAUUUCGCCAACUGGCUGCUCUAUAUGCUGGACACAGGGGGCAGGAAGAAAGCCAGGGGUCCUAGCCCCAGUCAUUCCCUCUGUUUUCAGGGUACCAAGACCUUAUGCUCUAAUUACGGGGCAAAACUGCUCCAUAUUUAUUACAUCUCAGUAUGUAAGCAGCAUAUUACAUGACUCUACUAUGCUCAUUCAUUGUAUCAUUACACAGCAGCUCAUUUAACCACAGAUACCUCCUAGCACUGUCAUCCUGCUUUGUUUCUACUCAACCUUUACACAGUCCUCUCCAUAAAGUAAAUAGCCACGUACCAUUAGUUUAAGCUGUCUGGUCAUUGAAUAUAUUAAUAUAAUUCAUCUAUCAUUAUUACACUCUAAUAUAUUGGUCAUUAUCUGUGAGUACAAAGGUGAGAGAAUCAUCUAAUCAUCGCUAAAGAAAGGGGAAUGUAAUGAACAGUUGAACACAAUAA